AUGCACAUGCCACCUCUUGUGUCUGGUGAAAGCGAUGAACCCGAAGCCCAGACUGAAUGUACACAUGCAUUCGAAGCCGCCAUACAGGUGGAUCCUACCAAUCCGCAAGCGCAUUUGACUGCUGCUGACUACUACACUGUGAUAGGCAAUGAACAGGCCGCUCGUGAUUCCGUUCAGCGCUGCUUAGAUCUGUGGUGGUCCAAAUUGGAAAAUUUCCUGACUGACAGUUCAACGCGGAAAACAGAUAAAGAAACUAAACAGAACAGCACUUCCUCGGUGGACGCAGGCGGUGAUGGAGAAGAUAGUGCGACUGAGAAAAGAGACUCUAUCGUCAAAGAUGAACAAAUUCAAUUGGAUAUGGAAGAGAAAUGCGCCACACUUUUGGAAGGUUUAUUGGAAGAAGAUGAAGACAAUGUGGAAAUUCACUAUCUUCUAACUGAGGUCGGUCGUCAUUUGUGGAAAGAAGAAGAUCCACAACUACUGCGCUAUCAUGCUUUACAGACGAAAAUUGUGAGCCACAUUUUGUUUUACCAAAUAACCACUUUUGUUUUUUGA